AUCAUUCCGCACGGAUAAGGGGAGACAAUCAGGGUAGGUAAAUUUUACCUGUUGUUUCGCAAGGUGAGCAAGUUUGAUAGAAAGGUACAUACAGAAUUGGAAUAUAGAAGAACUUUAGAAAAAUGGCUAACGUUGAUGCAGCCUUCCGUGUAAUUGACCCUCGGAGUAAAAAGUCAGUGUUUCAUAUAUGGAGAAUAGAGAAAAUGAAUGUGGUGUCUGUACCCAAGGAACAGUAUGGUAAUUUCUACAAAGGAGAUUCAUACAUAGUAUUGUCUGUCGCUGAGGAGGGAGACGAGAGAGGUUGUAAUGUGAAGAUGAAAGAAAUAAAAGGCCGUAUGGAUGUUCAUAUACAUUUCUGGUUAGGUUCUGAUACUACUCAGGAUGAGGCUGGUGUAGCAGCCUACAAGACAGUUGAACUGGAUGAUUAUAUGGGAGGGGGACCAGUUCAACACAGAGAAGUCGAAGGACAUGAAUCUAAAUUGUUUAUGAAUUAUUUCAAACCAAAAGGAGGCAUUAAAUAUCUUGAAGGUGGCCAUGCCUCAGGAUUCAAUCAUGUGGAACAUAAAUUCCGACAGAGAUUAUUACAUGUUAAAGGAAAGCACCAUGUUAGAGUGACAGAGGCAGCAGGUAUGCAGUGGUCGGCCAUGAAUCAUGGGGAUGUGUUCAUUCUUGAUUUGGGUCGUGUGUUGUUUGUAUGGAAUGGGAAAGAGGCUAGUGUCACAGAAAAACGAAUGGGAUGUAUGCAUGCAAGCAGUUUACGAGACGAGAGAGCAGGUAAAAUGAAAACUAACAUUAUUAUCGUGGAAGAUGGAACAGAAGACAAAAUGGACCCAGAGGAAUUAAAAAUGUUCUCACAACACCUUCCAUUAAAUGAGAGAAAUGAAAUUCAAUCAAAAGAAGCUGGAGGACAAGAUGACAAAGUGGAUAGGAAACAUGUCAUCAAAUUAUAUGUGUGUUCUGAAGAUGAAGGUACACUCAAAGUAUCUGAGGUUAAAUCUGGUCCACUUUCUAGGAAAGAUAUGCAUACUGGGGACUCCUACAUUAUAGACAAUGGUAGCCAAGGUUUAUGGACCUGGAUUGGUAAAGGCUCAUCUAAGAAAGAAAGAUCAGAAGCUAUGAGAAAUGCAAUAGGUUUUAUAAAUAAGAAGGGGUUAGAUCCCAAUACUAGUGUUACCAGAGUUGUAGAAGAUGGAGAACCUACAGAUUUUAAAUGUUUAUUUAGAGACUGGCCACAGCCAAAAGUAGAAGGAAAAGUCUAUAGUAGAAAUAGAGUUGCUAAAACAAUUCAGACAAAGUUUGAUGCAACAACACUUCAUGAAAACAGACAACUAGCUGCAGAGACACAAAUGUUUGAUGAUGGUUCAGGAAGAGCUGAGGUUUGGAGAGUAGAAAACUUUGAUUUGGUUCCACAAGAGAAACAUCACAUGGGAAAAUUCUUUGGAGGAGAUUGUUAUGUUAUCCAAUACUCAUAUCCACAUCCAGACAACAAAAAUCAUGUCAUUUAUUAUUGGCAGGGAGCAAAAUCAACAACAGACGAGAGAGGUACAUCAGCAUUGAAAGCUGUAGAAAUGGAUGAUGCUUUAGGUGGAGCAGCUGUGCAGGUACGAGUAGUACAAGGGAAAGAACCUAUACAUUUUAUGGCUAUAUUUGACGGCAAAAUGAUAAUCUUUGAGGGAGGAAAAGCUGGUUGGGAAAAUGGAGAAAAGAGCACGAACGGUCCUGGUGACACGUACAUGUUACAAGUACGAGGUACAAAUCCACUGAACACAAAAGCAGUUCAAGUUGACUUAGAUGCAGAAUCACUCAACUCUAAUGAUGUUUUUGUAAUAUUCUCUAAGAAAGCUAUAUAUAUCUGGUCAGGAAAGGGUAGUACAGGAGAUGAGAGAGAGAUGGCUAAGAGAAUAGCAAGUGCUUCUCCAAGAAAUCCUACAAUGGUAUUUGAGGGUCAAGAGAAGGAGGACUUCUGGAACUGUUUGGGAGGAAAAAAACCAUACUCUAGUGAUAAAAGAUUACAGGAACCUGACAGUGGACAUCCUGCUAGAUUAUUUCAAUUGUCAAAUGCAGCAGGUAAAUUUACCUGUGAUGAAAUACCAGAUUUUGCACAGCCAGAUUUAGUUGAAGAUGAUGUAAUGAUAUUAGAUGUGUGGGAUAGUGUUUAUAUCUGGAUUGGAAGUGGUGCCAAUCAACAAGAGAAGAAAGAGGCGGCAAGACUAGCACAGGAAUAUAUAGAUACAGAUCCAGCAGGAAGGGACCCAGACACACCUAUGUAUAUGGUGAAACAAGGAAUGGAACCACCCACUUUUACAGGAUUUUUUGGAUUAUGGGACAGAGAUAUGUGGAGUAAAGGACAAUCAUACCAAGAAUUAAUGCAACAUUUAGGAGAUGGAAAUGAAGCCUUGACAUUAGUGAAAGCAGCUGAUGUCAACGGAGAAUUUAGUUAUGAUUCUGUACCUAAAUACCCCCUAGAACAAUUAGCUGUGUCAGCAGAAGAACUUCCAAAUGGUGUGGACCCUUCAUGUAAAGAGAUCCACUUAAGUCCAGAAGACUUUGAUAGACUAUUUAAAAUGAAAUACCAAGAUUUUGUUACAAAACCACAAUGGAAGCAACAAGAAUUAAAGAAGAAAUUUGGAAUUUUUUAAAUUAUCAUGCUCACUCAAAUUUUCCAGGAACUGCUUGGGAUUAUGGGAUAUUGUUUACUGACUGUAAUCCAGAUUGUUAUCAUGUUUUUCAUUGGUCAUGUGACAAAUUCAACCAACCUAAUCAUGUUUUCAAAUUUGUUCAUUACCCAUAAUUCAGUAUCUGGAUAGCAAUAAUGUUAAAUCACUUAGUACUUAUGAAGUAGUUUUUCUGUAUUAAAAUGCAGAUCUUAUUUUUAUGCAACCUUUUAUUUGUUUCCUACAGUUAAGGCCCUUUUUCAGGACGUCAGGAUUGGGCCUUCUAUUGUGACUCGGGAAUGAAAGAUCCGGGAGAGGAUGUUUUAAUUUUUCAGGAAUUCAGGAUCACACUCCCCUCCUACUGCCCCUCAGUUAAGAUGAAUACCUAACUUUGGUUAAAAUAACAGGCGCUUUAGAUAAUUCCUUUUGAAACUUAAGCUUCCAGUAAGACCUAUAAAAAACUCAGCUUUCAGAAAUUUAAUUCAUCAAGAAAGUUAAGCACAGAUAACUUAGACAGAGUUCUUUAAAUGCAAGUUUUAUAAUAGAUACGACUGAAGCAAAACAUAGCUAAAGCUUGUAAGCUUUAUGGCCGAAAUUAUAGCCCAAAUAAAAGUGUUCCAGGCUUUCAUGCAAUAACUAAAGUCCUUUUAGAUCUGAAAGCUGGUCAUGUGAAUUCUACCAUCCCUGGCCCUAUCGACAAGAAGCAGAACAGGGAUCCAGUGGACUGAAAUUGUUCCAUAAUAGUGAAAGCAUAGUUUAUGAAGGUUUAAACAGUGUUAUAUAGGAUUCACACUUCACAUACCUGCCAACUUCUCAAAAUCGCCAUGGGGGAUUUUAAGGCACAAAAGGACCUAAUGCAUACCUAUACAUAAAUUAGAACAUCUAUGGUUUUGAAUGAGUAUACAGGUGUUAAAAAUGUAUUUUUUACUCCUCUGAAUGCCUUUUUUAAAGUAUUUAGUCUAAAUAUUUGAGUUUUAUAAGGGGUCAGGUCAACACCUCUCAUGGGGGAUAUCCCCCAUAAAGUGGGAAAGAUGGCAGGUCUGACUUCAGGUUAGAUAACUAUGUGAAGGAAUGGAUUAGUAUUAUUGAUUAUACAGCGUACACAAUUGCUUUUUACUUGUAUCAAUGCAAGGUAGAAAUAAAAGUGCUUUAGUGGUGUUUUUUUUUAUGAAUGUGUCCAUAUUUUUUGACAUUACAAAAUUUGAUUUGUAUUUUCAUAUCAUAUUCAAGUUUUAUUAUAUACCUUAAUUUAUGAAGAAGUACUAAUAAUAGAUUUAUGUGGUUUUUAAGGGAAAAAGGACUUUUUGUCUGCUUUAUAUUACAUAUCUAAAUUUAUUUUUCAAACUUGUGAUGUUUUUGUUACUUUUCUAUAGUACAUCUUUUUAUGAAUUGUUAUUUCUGUUGAAUGUUAUAUAUAUAUAUACAACAUAUAUGCAAAUAUUUAAAUAACAAAAUAUCUUAUUAUUCUAUGUAACUAAGUCUUUCUAAGAAUGUUGUUUUUAUAUAUUUUUUGACAAAAUAAUAAAAUGGGGAAAAAUAAUUUUGAAGAUUUUAGCAAUAUGGUAUUGAAGUUAAAUUAAACUUGUUUUGCAAUUAAAUAUUUGUUGAGCAAUUAUAUCAAAAGUGAUAAAGAUUUUUAUGAAAUUACAUAUUGAAAUAAAAUCCUGAAAUUAGAUUACAUGCAUAAAUUAUUGGUUUUUCUCCCAAUUCUGACCACUUUUUCUCCUGAAUGAAGUUGGGAAAUAAUUUACAAAUGACAUAUUUCAUAAGCCUCAUGCCUGCUAGUAAUUUGAUGAAAAUUAGUAUUCAUUACUUUGAAAAAUAAUGCAUUUAUUAAACAAUAAGUUUAAACAGGGUAUUUUGCUACUAUUGGUAAAUGAAUCGUUUAGCGCUUUUCCUAGAAAGUAGAUCUAUAUCCAAACUUUCACUUCUGCCACAUUGUACUUAGAAUCAGUAUUUGGUCACUAAGUGGUCAAUGCCCUCUUUUACUUGUAAAGAAACUGACAGCUGUAGUUAUCUGGAAUCUCAAACAUAUCUUUAAAUUUAAGAGCAUUACGUUUUCAUUACAAUCAUAUCAUUUUGUGCAAUAACAAUUAUUACAUUCCAAACGUCAAAAUCAAACAUGUUUGUUUUAUGUGCGCACAUUUAAGUGUAUGUACACAUUUUUUUAGAUAUAUGUAUCAAUGCUUCAGCUGAAUUCUUGAGUGUAGAUUUUAAAUGAAAGGAAGAAAUUGACAAAUAAAGAAUCUUGAGAGUAGAUAUUUUAUAUGAAAGCUCAGAAAGGAAGAAAUUGACAAAUAAAGAUUCUUGAGAGUAGAUAUUUUAUAAGAAAAGAAGAAAGUGAGAAAUGACAUACUGUAGUUUAACAAAUUUUCAAGACUUUUGCGAAAAUAAAUUGUCACAAAUAUGUGAAAAUCUGAUCUUAUCUCAUAUCAAUACAUCAACUAAGUUAGAAAAUCUGAAAAUAAAUUGUAGUGAAAUUCGCUAGAAAGGACUAAAAGUGAAAAAAGAAUCUCCUACAAUGAGUUGGUUUACAGAAAUAUAGCCACUGAAGCAUUUAAAUGAUUUACAAGUUGAAUUAUUAUGAUGUGUAACGAGGUAUUUUAGACAAAGGGUGUUUGAUGCUAUAAAUGUGUCAUUCCAUGCUUACGCUUUAACCAGCAUUGAAAAAAUAGCUGCACAAGUAUUGCAUUUUUUAUUACUAAGAUGUGAAGGUUACAUACGAAUCCUAUUUUUUGUGCUAUGCUUAAUUUGCUACGUAAAUAGACCGUUAUAAGAGAAAAGAACAAAGUAAAGUAUUUUUCACAUGUAUUUUAUCUUAGUAUGGGCACUUUGUAUUAAAAUAAUUUUUUUUUAACAAGUGCAUACAGCUUAACAAUGCUUUUUUAACAGAACAUUCCAGAUAUGCAUUAUGUAUCCAUAUGCAAUUAAUAAUUUCAACAUUCCAGCAAUGUUAUCUUUAAAAACAGCAGAUCUGAAAAAUAGCACAAGUAGGCAUUUUAUUCAUCUAGUUAAAAAUAAAAAACAAAAUGCAUAAUAAAUUUGUUUAGAGGUAAUGAUGAACAAAUUUUAUGAAAAAACUACUUAAAUAAGUUAAAAAUGUUAUCCAACCAUUAUCUUGUGAAGAAAAAUUCUGUUUUUAUUUUUCACUUGCAUAUCAAAUUAUCUCCCUUUCAACAAGAGGCUUACCUUAAUCUAUUGACAUCAUUGUUUUAUACAAGCAGCAUUUUGACCACAUAAUCUACACAUUUUCUCCCUGGCAGCGGCCAACAUGUUCUAUAAGCAUAAUUUACACCUUUAAUGAUUUUUUUCAAAAGGAAACCUAACUUGGUUAUUAAUAAGACAUUUUCUUGGUAACAAGAGGCUUACAUGGGCUGUAAAUUAACACUUUUUGUUACAUAUUUUUUGCAGGGUUGUAUGUUACUGUUAUAUGUUUGAACUUAUUUACAUCUACUUUGUUUUUUAGUAGUAUUACAAAUCUAUAUAAAUAAAAUGUUAUAUAUACAGAGAGAAAAAA